CCAAAAAUGUGUAGUAAUAUUCUAAUAAAAUAUUUAAAAAGGUAAAGCUUAGUGGGGUUCUCCCCUACUAUAUAUAAGCGGCACGGGCUAUGAUGUUUUUGUACUGUAGUGUAAACUUUCCUGUGAACUGAAUUAUAUUUCUAAGGUAUUUGAUUUUGUGAGCUAUUGGCUGAGUGUAAAAAUCAUGAGUUAUUUGGGUAUUGGAGUGAGUCCAGGGAAUGUUCCAAUUCAUCAUAGGAGUAAUUUGAAGGUAAUUGAUAAGAGAGUGAGGUUAGCUGAGCUGAUAUUAAGGUGUUUAAUUUGUGGUUUAGCUGUUCUUGCUGCUCUUCUUAUUGGUACAGAUAGUCAAGUUAGAGUUAUAUUCUCAAUUCAGAAAAAGGCUAAGUUCACUGACAUGAAAUCUCUUGUUUUUUUAGUGAUAGCUAAUGGAUUAGCUGCUGCCUACUCACUGAUUCAAGUUAUAAGGUGCAUUUUGAGUAUGAUUAGAGGAAGUGUUCUUUUCAACAAGCCCUUGGCUUGGGCUAUUUUUUCUGGUGAUCAGUUGAUGGCCUACUUGACAUUGGCUGCAGUGGCAGCAGCAGCACAAUCGGCAGUAUUUUCCAAGUUAGGUCAAACAGAAUUACAAUGGAUGAAACUUUGCGAUAUGUAUGGCAAAUAUUGUAACCAAGCUGGAAAAGGCGUUGCAAGUUCUGUAAUAGCGAGCCUUAGCAUGAUCGUCCUCUCUGGUAUUUCUGCCUUCAGUCUUUUCCGAUUGUACGGAAACAGUGCAGGAAAGGGUAAUGCUAAAUGAUGCGUAGAGAAGGAGUAGUAGUAGUAGUAGCAGCAGCAGCUCAACCUUGGCUCUUCUGUGACUCUUGACCUUAAAAAUAUAUGUAACUUGGUAGAUUUUGGUCUUUUUUGCUCUCUUCUGUUGAGCUGGUUGUUGUAUAAUAACUGAUUCUGGUCUUUCUUUGGUUGAAUGCCUACCUACUUUAUUUGGUGAGAUUUAAUGUACAGUGUUUCAUUCUUCUGGACUCAUUUGAAUGCAGAGAUGCUCUUGUAUGGCAAA